GUCUCUGCGAACUGGUGCAUUUCCAUUCCACCAGUGUCGGUCUUACCAAAUAUUCUACAGCAGCUAAGCUACGUUAAAGCGCUUUUAAUCACUCACUGCAGCCAGCUUUCGCCUUCACCCGAUUAUCCAUUAUGUGAGCAAGAUCAUGUCUGGCAAUCUCGGACGCAGGCUGUACGCCAUUCUCUGGGGGACAUCAAAUCCGCUUGUCGGUUAUGGACUGCAAGCCAGUCGCACACCACUGAACCCGGGCAACUUCUCCCUCAAUCUUCUUUUCAAAUGCAGAGUCGCAAAGAAUUUAUUCGUAUCGUCGCAAAUAUCCACCAGGGCCACGAGACGUUUCGCUUCGGGUGGUUUUCUUGUGCUUGGAGCUUCCCCAAGCUCAACUGCGGUGGAGACUCGUACAACGUGUGCUACAUCUUCAGAGAAAUUGUUAUCGCAAACACUACAGCAUUUUGACCGCAAGUCAUAUCUCUUUUCCUCCCAAAAUGCGUCGAGGCGCUGGUUCCAUACACGCAAGGGCGAGGGCAAUCAGACGGAGCCCACGAAAGAUCACCGUGAACUCAAUCGCGAGACUCAUUUAUCUCAUCCUUCUCCCAGAGACGACAGAAACGAAGUUUUGCAAGGCCGUGGGCACCAACGGUCUUUGAAUGGGGUACAUCAAAACAUACAACCAAAUCGACACCUAAUCAACCGUUUGCCGCACAUGCCCCACUUACAUCGGCCUACAAAGGAAGAAUUGCUGGCUGCAGCGAAUGGAUUUUGGUCUAGACUCAAGGUACGAUUCAAGUGGUUCUCGAUACGAAGCGUUCGGCCUUUCAACUUGGACGAGAUCACGGCUCUCUUCUCUUGGGUGCUUCUAGGGCAUGUAGUCUGGGUUGUGUUGGGCACGACUACUUUCUUCUCGUUGCUGAUCAUCGCAAUAAACACGGUCUUUGCUCAAGAAACGUUGGCAGGAUGGAUAGGUAACUAUUUGACCAAGUCAUCUGGGGUAAAGGUUGUUUUCGAAUCGGCUAUCGUUCCCAAAUGGAAAGAUGGCGUGAUCACGUUCAAGAACGUUUUUGUCUCAAGGCGACCGGGCCAAGGCACAGGAAAUGUUAGUAAGGGAUCGUCGAAGACCGCCGCGGCUGUAGCUGCGGCUGCAGCUCUGGGGGGGCAGCCCAGUCAUGAGCUAUCUGAUCAACGAACCUCGCUGGACGAGGAAGACACGAACUACACACAAUUCGAUGUGUCAAUCGAAACGGUCAAUGUUACACUGUCGUUCACCAAAUGGAUAAAUGGCAAGGGGUUACUUCGCGAUGUUGAGGUAAGGGGCAUUAGGGGAGUCAUUGACCGCAGAUACGUCCAUUGGUCGGAUGAUGAUUUGGAUCCUAAGUCAUAUCGACACGAGCACAGCCCUGGGGAUUUCGAAAUUGACUCGUUUAAGAUGAACGAUGUGCUGGUAACAGUCUAUCAGCCGGACGGUUUCAGGCCCUUCCCUGUUAGUAUCUUUUCAUGUGAUUUGCCGCAGUUGAGAAAGCAGUGGCUCUUAUAUGACUUCAUGUCAGCGAACAUGAUGUCCGGAUCAUUCGACAAUUCACUGUUCACAAUUCAUCCCCGUCAAACACAUGGCUUCACUGGUGCGCAGCUCGAUAGCGGUACUGAGGAGGAUGGCAAACCAAGCCCGUGGAAAAAGCAUAGCAGGAUACGUGUCGAUGGGCUUAACAUUGAUCACUUGAAUCGUGGGGUACAAGGGCCUUUCUCUUGGAUACACGAGGGCACUGUUGAUAUUGUUGCCGAUAUUAUGUUUCCCGCCGAAAAUGACGAAAGUCUCGCUAAGGUCAUGGCCGACUUUUAUGAUCGGCUAGAGGCCACCGUCACAUCGAACAGCCACGACGACUCGGCGUUGCCCAAGUCAUCAUCAAUUGAUGUGGUUUCUGAGGAUGAUAAGCGUUUUCUGGUAACUGAUCUACGCCUCCAUCUGAAUAACGUCAGGGCCGUGGUUCCUCUUUUUACGCGGGAUUUGUCUUACAUCAAUAACGCACUGAUACGUCCCAUUGUUGCCUAUAUAAAUUCAAGGCGCACAUUCAUACCUGUAAAUUGCCGCCUUGUCAAACGGGUAGGUGAUUUUGAUGGUAGUUGGACUACAUUCGAUAGCGGCUUGAUGGACGACCUUUCCGCGGCAGUGUACGAUGCGUUCGCCCGAGAUGUUGUCGACGAACAAGCUCGGAAGCGACGUUUCAAGAAGGUCGGCUUCUGGUCACUCCAGCUUGCCGCUCAGGCCAUCUUCAUGGGCAUGGCUGGAAACAUAGCAUGAAAAUCCUUUUUUUUUGGCAAGGGUCACUUGGCGUUUCGGCUGGUGCGAUGGGAUAGUGCUACAAAGGCGUUCGAUCAAGGCCACGAAGGUUUUCAUUUCUGUGGGGGGAGUUUCAUUAAUGCCUGCAGCAUCUACCAUUCCUGGCAAGGAGGCCAUGGCCAUCCUCACCAACACAUCUCAACCUCAAUCAUUCGACUGCGAAUAGAACACGUUCAUCCUCAUCCACUACACUUUCCCUGC